GGAACGCGAUAUGGCGUUCACGUCUCAUAUACGAGAUAUUGAUAAUCACUGCCGGGUUCCCCUUCGUCCUUUGUCGAUCUAUCUUCAUGACAUCUUCUGGUACAUACGUUCGGGUUAUGCUCUUCUUGCUCCUUGCUAUAGUCUCUGGUGCAUCUGCGAAGCCCGUCGCAUCGGAUUCGACUUGGUGGUGGCCUAGCUCGUCGUCCGGAUGUACCUCUCCGGAGACGCGUGUCGAAUGGACGACAUUGUCGAGCCAGCAGAAGACAGCAUACUUUAACGCCGAGCUGUGCCUCUACGCAGCACCUGCUCGAACUAGCAUUCCCGGUGUGAUUUCACGCUAUGACGAUCUCGUCGGCGUGCAUUCAGUACAAUCAAACACCACAGAUCUGGGUGACCUUUGGCAUCCAACUGGACAAUUCCUAGCUGUCCAUCGAUACUAUGUCCAUACUCACGCAAUGUUGCUUCGUCGAGAAUGCGGAUACAGAGGUCCCAUCCCGUACUGGAACGAAGUCCCCGAUGCCGGUGCUUUCGCCAAUUCAACUACCAUUCUCGACUUUGGCGGUGAAGGCGAUGAGUCGUCGAGCUAUCUCGUUCCCUCCGGACCCUUUGCGAAUUUGACCGUCCAUCUCGGGCCCGGGAUGACCAACACCGAUCAUAGGCUCACGCGUAAAGGGGACGUAAAGAACUCUGUACAAGCCAACCAGACCUAUGUGGAUGCCGUGAUGUCUACGACGACCUUUGCGCAGUUCCAGAGGUCCGUCUCUUCCAGUUUGCACGGAGCUGGACAUGGGGGCAUCGGAGGAGACAUGAUUAAUAUCUUAACCGCCCCUAAUGAUCCGCUUUUCUGGAUGCAUCAUGGAUACUUGGACUAUGUCUGGUGGAAAUGGCAAGGCAGGAACCAGACGAGGAUCCACGACCUCGUAGGUGCGGGAAAUGAGACAGGAAAAGCACCUCCGACGGGAUUCGUCGCAACGAGUGAAGCUACGAAAUUGUAUGUUUACGAACUAAUUGCUAACGCUACGGUGGGAGAUGUAGUGGACACCCAAGGUGGAUUCCUGUGUUAUACUUAUGUCUGAUGUUGGUCCAGCAGCUUUGAUAUCUCAUAGUAUUCACAUAUAUGCCUCAGUUGCUUUAUUGCUGUUAUUCAUUUAUGUUAACCCAUAACAGUCU